AAUUGGGAUUGCCUAAAUUUGUCUUGACGCGUUAUUUCAAUUCGGUUUUAACAUUUUGACAAAAGUAACUUUUUGAUAUGAAAUAAUGAAAAUAUAUGGUAUAAUAAAUUCUUAAAUCAUUUUUCCGCAAUUUUUACGAAGUUUAUUUAAUUGUAAAACAGAAUUAAAAAUACGCAAAAUUACGAAUUCAAGCUUUCUGAUUAUAACGCGCUCUCAUUGGUCAAAGCGCGCGUGACGUCAUACCGUAGAUCAACAGCAUUACAGUGUAUGGAGAUUGAAUGUUGUCUCUGAAAAUUAGUACAAUUAAAUGUUGUUCAUUGUUCAUUAAUAUUCGAGCUGACUGGAGAAAUUUGCCCAAAGUAAGUUUGGUGACAGUGUGGAAAUUCUUUCAUAAUGAUGACAGAUUUAAUGCUCCGGAAAUAAGAUCAUCUAAAACAUUCAAAUCAGGUCGUGAAGAGUAUGGAGACACAGCAAUAGGUUAUGUUUGCCUACGGAGAGAGAGACAAAACUGUAUUGUAAAAGCUGCAGUUUGCCCUGAACAUAAAGUCAGAGACAAGCCUUAUAUAGUUUCAAUUACUAUUAAUGAAGAGGAGGAGCAAGUUCUUAACUUAACGUGCUAUGAUUGUCCAGCAGCAAAUGGAGGAUGUAAACACGCAGUGGCAAUAUUGAUGUGGUUGCACCGACGGUCUUCAGAACCUUCGCCAACUGAAGUCAAGUGCUAUUCGAGAAAGUCUGUACUGUCUGCAGCUGUUACUUCUGUUAAAUACAAGACAGCACAAGAAAUAAAUGGAUAUGAAACACCAUUAGAUGAAAGUAAAUUGGACAAUUCUAAUUUUCUUUCAAAAAUUGUAAAGCAUGCAGAAGAAAAACAACUGGAUAGUCAACUGAGUAGACAUUGUUUCAAGUUAAAAGAACGUGAAGUGUUAGCAUUAUCUUUACAUCAGUUAUUAAUAGAUUUUAUGUCAACUGGAAAAUCAAGUGCAGAUGAUUUUAUUGCAUUCGCUUCUUCUCGCAUGGAUGACAGGUUAUGCAAAGAAGCUGAGAUGAGGACUAGAGAUCAAAGUGAUAAUGUCCUUUGGUACAAGCUUAGAUAUGGCAGAAUUACAGCAUCUAAGCUAUACGAAGCUGCCCAUUGCAAGACCGGUGAUGGAAGUUUUGUUAGAACUGUCAUUGGAGCAGCUAAGGUGUUCGACACCCAAUAAAUGCAACAAGGAAGAAUGCUAGAAAAAAAGAAGUUCUGAAAGAAGCACUCAAGCAAGUAAAAACCAGUUAUAGAUAUUGUGGCUUCGUACUUCAAUCAAGUCAUCCCAUUUUUGGAGCAUCGCCUGAUGGCCAAUGCAGUGAGUUUGUUUGUGAGGUUAAAUGUCCUUCAAGUGCUAAGGGAUUUCAAAACUUUUUGCCAAAUGGAGAGGACAAUCAAAAGUGUAUGGCUCAAAUGAAUCUGCAAAUGUUUUCGACUGGCUUAACCAAAGGAUUAUUUAUUGUAGCUGAUCCAUAUUUUGAAAACACGUAACAAGUAACUCUGAAAUGGAUAGAAUAUGAUCAAGAUUUCACUAAAUUAUUAAUGGAUGAAUCAAUGAGAUUUUGGAAAGAAAAUAUAUUUCCUAAGUUAUUAGAAAGUGUAAAAAUAUAACUGUCGUACUGAA